GGAGCCGCAGUCGCGCCCUCUCGCUGCCUGGCGAAGGCGCGCGGAGGCGAGCGCGGGGAAGAGGGGUGGCCGGCGCCGCAGCCGCCUUCAGGGCAUGAGGAUGGCCGUGGGCUCCGUCAAGAUGCAGCCGCCGUGCGAGAGCCCGGCGGUGGCCGCGGCGGACGGCGCCCUGCGCCGCAGCCCCAGCGCCCGCGAGCCGGAGCGCGAGCCGGUGCCGGUGCCGCCGCGGCCGCGGCUGCGGGACCUGCCGGCGCUGCUGCGGAGCGGGCUCACCCUGCGGAGGAAGCGCAGCGCCGCCGGGGGCCGGACUCUAUCAAGAAGAAUUUCCAAUCCAUACCUUGAACAUACUCCUUCCCAGAUUUAUGGAGAGAAUUCUUCUUGUGCGGGAAGAGCAUUGAGGAAUAUUAUCAUCGUUCAGGCAGCUGACCUGAUAAAGGACAGAGUGAACCUCAAGGGAUUUUACAGGAGAAGCUGCGUUGGGUCAGAACUGGUAGACUGGCUUCUAGCACAUUGUCCAUUUGUCCAAUGCAGAUCUAUGGCCAUAGGGGUCUGGCAGCUCCUACUGGAUAUGGGAAUUAUGUCAUCAGUGGACCAGCAUUUGUACUUUCAAGAUACCUAUGUUUUCUACCAGUUUUCAUCUGAUGAGUGUAGCUACUUGUACUGUGAAUUUGAAAGAGAAGAGGAGUGGCAGAAUGGUGUCAAACUUUUACUGCAGCUCGUGCCUCUCGUUCCCCCCAGAGCUGGCAUCUGUGACGUAUCUCAUCAGAAAAUUGAAGACUCAGAAGAGAGCAGCGACGAAAUCCUUGCUCGUCUGACAUCUGCGGUGCAGCGAGAGCUAGCAGCUGUUAUUGCUUUGAAAGCAAGGAAGUCUGUUGAACAAGAUGAAAACAGUGACACACAUGUAGCUGUGACAGAGGCUGAAGGUGUUGCAGACCCUCAGGCCGGGGUGAUGUGCAAACUUCAGGAGAGAGAUGAUAUUGGGCGAAUUGAACUGGUCCAGAAGCUGGCAAGGGAAAACUGUCAAUUUUUGCAGACGGACAAAAAAGAACAGGAGAAGUCUGAACACCAGGAUGAUGAAGCGAUGACUGUUCAGGUUAAAGAGCAGGACCAGAACGUCCUGGUGCUGAAGAAAGUGCAGAGCUGCAGCCCAGCCCCGCAAGCGGGGAGCUCAGAGAGUGAUUGGAGAUAUGUGGUCGUGUCCGGGACCCCGGAGAAGAUCUUGGAGCACCUUUUGAAUGACUUGCACCUGGAAGAAGUCCAGGACAAAGAAACAGAGACCCUCCUUGAUGACUUCCUCCUCACGUACACAGUCUUCAUGACAACCGACGACUUGUGCCAGGCGCUGCUGAGGCACUAUUCUGCUAAGAAGUAUCAAGGCAAAGAAGAAAACUCAGAUGUACCUUGUCGGAAACGGAAGGUUUUGCAUCUUGUUUCCCAGUGGAUUGCUCUGUACAAAGACUGGUUACAUGAAGAUGAACACUCAAAAAUGUUUUUAAAGACUAUCUACAGAAAUGUACUGGAUGAUGUAUAUGAAUACCCAAUACUUGAAAAAGAGCUGAAAGAAUUUCAGAAGAUACUUGGAAUGCACCGUCGUCACACUGUAGAUGAGUAUUCACCACAAAGGAAGAAUAAAGCCCUUUUCCACCAAUUCAGUCUUAAGGAGAACUGGCUCCAGCACAGAGGAACCGUGACGGAAACAGAGGAAUUUUUCUGCCACGUAUAUAUAACAGAGCACUCCUACGUCAGCGUGAAGGCGAAAGUUUCCAGUACAGCUCGAGAGAUCCUGCGAGUUGUGGCAGAAAAGAUCCAGAAUGUGGAAGAGGAUCUGGCUCUGGUAGCCGUCUCAUUCUCUGGGGAAAAGCACGAACUUCAGCCAAAUGACUUGGCCUUCUCCAAAUCCCUUGACGCAUCUGGUCGGAUAUACGUCUACCGGAAAGACCUGGCUGACACUUUGAAUCCAUUUGCCGAAAAUGAGGAAUCACAGCAAAGGUCGAUUAGGAUUUUGGGGAUGAACACUUGGGAUCUUGCUCUGGAAUUAAUGAGUUUUGAUUGGAGCCUCUUCAAUUCAAUUCACGAGCAAGAGCUGAUCUACUUCACGUUCAGCCGACAAGGAAGUGGGGAGCACACCGUGAACCUGAGUCUCCUGCUCCAGAGAUGCAAUGAGGUCCAGCUGUGGGUGGCCACGGAGAUUCUGCUCUGCAGCCAACUGGGCAAGAGAGUGCAGCUGGUGAAAAAAUUCAUCAAAAUUGCUGCUCACUGCAAAGCCCAGAGAAACCUCAGUUCCUUCUUCGCCAUCAUCAUGGGUCUCAACGCGGCUUCCGUCAGCCGGCUGUCGCAGACCUGGGAGAAAAUCCCUGGGAAGUUUAAGAAACUUUUCUCUGAACUUGAAAGUUUAACAGACCCUUCCCUGAAUCACAAAGCCUACCGAGAUGCGUUCAAAAAGAUGAAGCCACCCAAAAUCCCUUUCAUGCCCUUAUUGCUUAAAGAUGUAACAUUUAUCCAUGAAGGAAAUAAGACAUUUUUGGAUAAUCUAGUCAAUUUCGAAAAACUGCAUAUGAUUGCAGACACCGUCCGAACCCUGAGGCACUGCAGGACUAACCAGUUCGGAGGUGACACAUCCCCAAAAGAGCACCCAGAGUUAAGAGCCUACGUGCAUCACCUGUACGUCAUUGACCGCCAGCAGGCCCUGUUCGAGCUCUCGCACAGGAUCGAGCCGCGCGUCUGAGCCCCGCCACCCCACCACCUCGCCUCCCCUCCUCUGGCCCCACAGCCCCGGGAGCUACAGGGAUGGCAGCGCCGAGCACGUUGCUUUCCUGCCAGAAAAGAAGUUGCUGAGUUUUAUCAGUGUAUCACAAGACGUACACAGGAAAGCCCCCCAGAACGUGCUCGGGAAGUGAUGUCGGCAGCCAGAGAUGGGGCGAGGCUGCUCUUGGAAGGAGAAGGCAGGUGAUUCCUCGGAAAGGAGAAGUCUGGUUUCUCAGCGUCCCCUUGUUGAGCCAAUCCAGUUUCACUUUGAGAUGCACCAACGUCAAGACGAGAGACCGUCUCUUGUCACGCGGUGACCACAUAUCUCAGUAAGAGCGUGCGGGAGCCAGGGAGGAGUUUUACUAUGCCUGGCAGUAGAUGACUGCUUAUAGGCUGUCAAAGAAGGAGCUCGUUUGAACAGCUGAAGACAGGGAUGGCAUCUCUCGGUUUCCGGGGAGACGGGACUGAGCUCUGUCUUGACGAACUAUGACAUCACCCAAAGCCCCUUGCAUCUAGGGAGUUAGUGAGGACCUGCAGCUGGCAUCCCUGCUCUGACCUCCAGAAGAGAAACGUCAAGGCAUGCACUUCCUGGCAUCCACAAUCAUUUAGUGAUGUAUGCUUGCAGGUGAAAUUUGUUUCUGCACAACUGAUUUACAGCUGUAGGCAAGUUCACGUCAUGUUGCCAACACAGAAAAAUAAUUGUCUUUAAGAAAUUGACUCAUUGUUUAAUUUCUGGGAAUUUUCUUCCCAUGUGCAAGCAGGCUCUCAUCUCUUCUUGGAUACAAUACGAUUUUUGGCAAAAGCACCAUGCCUGUCACAUUGCAGGCACUCUGUUUCUGGAGGUGACAGAGUCACAGAGGUCUGCCUUCCUGUGCCUGGCGAUGCCCUCGUGUUUUGCAUGCUUCCAGCAGCCUUGUGCCCUCAGUCUGGAAUGAGAACAGCCAGUACAAGGAAGUUAAGUGGGAUUUCACACGUGAAGCACUUAGUGCUCCCUGGAGAAAAACGAGGGAUUAAAAUAGUGGUGAUUGCCUAUCUUUCAACAAAUGAAAAGAGCCCCCAAAGAUCCAAAUGUCUGACUUAUGUUGGACACUUAGAAGUCCUAGAGUCCACCUCCCAACCAAGGCAGAGAGCCUUUCUAUAAUUUGCCUUUUUUUUUUUUUUUUCAUUCAGAGUCUCUUUUUAUUCCCAUUUUUACAGGCUGGGGCUCCUACAGUAAAUAAGACCUCUUGCUGUUCUCAAGAACAGGUUAGAGGAUUUUCCUCAACCUUCAAAUGAACAAAAACGCCUGUGGGAUACAAUAACGAAAUCCAUCCCUACCAGCUAGAUCCUUGUCACUUUGCUAAAAUACAAGGGCCCUGCUUCAUGUAUCAGGUCCAUUCAUUUUCCACACAUGUGACCCCGGUGCCCCUCUCACCACUCCCGCCUGGUCCUCUCCUAGGUGCCCGCACAGAAUCGCUUCCUUUUGUGUCAUCAGUGCCUCAUUACUGAGGUGUGUCCAAUGUGUACUGACACCUGUUUAUAGCGGUGCUGUUUCCUGGGCUCAGGAGCCACGCUGUGCUGGAGAGAGCACUGGAAGGAACCACAUGGAGCCAAAAAAGGGGUAGGACUUCGAGAGAGAGUCUCUCCCAGCAUGUCAGACUUCAAUCCUGAAAAUUAGCAGGGCUUUAUAGAAAGGCACCAUCCAGGGCUAGUUCAUUCAGAGAGAUGCCCCAGGCUGCUGGGAAUGGAAUGAGACGUGGGGGGCGAUCAGAGCCAUCAGAACCAGGGAGAGGAGACUUCUCUUGCGGCUGGUCAAACACUGGGAAAGCUCUCCCCUUGGCGAUUACUGAGGACGCUGGUGGACAGCACCAGUGUGUGUUCUAGUCUUUUCUCUAUGCUUGGGAGUCGCAUUUGGCCCUUCUAAUCAUAUGAGGCCAUUUUGACGUAGUCUCUGUGUUUUACAAUUUAAGUGGUUUUUCACAUUAGAUCUUCAUUGCUGCAGCUAAAACUAUUGCAGUUGCUCCAGUGGAGAACUACUUCAGCAUAGCACCUGCUGCUUGGACCUCAACUCAGAUAUCUGCAUGGCCAAACGAACGCAUGCGUACAUCACACCUAAAGGGAUUUCGAGGGUGUAGUCAGAGUACCCCACCCCCGUGGUAUGGGUGGAAACAGACUGGGGAGAGGACGGCACUUGCCCACUGUUCCCUCCAGCUGUGGUCACCUGGCUCUCGGGGCAGCAAAAGGAAAGGAUGAUCUUGUUUGGUUUAGAUGUGCUUUUCCAUCCCUGUCUUCUGAAAGUCAAAAUCUCCAAAUCAUCCUGAAGUUUAACUACCAUCUCCAGAGGUUUCCCAGGCAGCAACUCUCAGAAAUUUCAGAAGCACUGAGAAGACUUGAAUCUGGAAUCAAAGAAUUAAAGGCAAAAAUCAUGGGAACCAGAUUCAGGGCAACAGGAAGCUCUUUCUAAUGAGUCUGGAGCUAUGCAAGCAGACAGGCUGCAAGGGACUCAGGCAGGGUCCCUGUUAGUAGGAAUGGGUCCUAUUCCCUCACCAAAUGGCUGCCAAGGCUUCUUGACAAUAGGUUUUGUUCUGGCCAGAAGGGUGGCCAGGAAGAUGUGUAAGCUCCUUCCCAACUCUAUUAGAUUUUCACAAUCGCACGAAAUCUCCAUUCACUCUGAAAAACCUCCUGUAAUCUGCAGGCUUCACCAGCGAGGGAUGGGUGGGCACUUGUCAGGGAGUUCUUUUGGCGACAGCACAACUUUCAGACAGUCCUGUGGGUCUUCGGAUUUGUCAGCAUUCCAGCAAACCACCCCUGCUUAGAAGUUAGCACAGGACAGAUUCCUAUAGGCAAAGUCACAACCAUUCCAAAAAAAUUAAAAAAAAUUUUUCCAUACGUAUUUGCAGAUGCUCCAAAGACCAUAGUGUUUUAAAUUCACCCUUCCUUACAGUCUGCACGAUUGCCAGAUGAUUGCAGUGAUACAUAUUAGGGCCUGCAUUCACAUUUUUCUGGUAUCUCUUCAGAAUAAAUUCAUUUUCUUAGACCCCUAUGCACACGCAAGCUGGGUGGAGCAUUCCUUACACUCAGAGGCAUGAGGACAAAGUAAAAGCCCACCCCAGUUUGUAGGGAGAUGUUGCACUAAGUAUAUAUACUCACCUCCAAAUAGGGAGAAACGGUGGCAUGAAAGAGAAGGUGCUGGUGGCUUUUGAUCCCUGGAGCUGGGCUUUCACUGCUGCCCCGAUCCCCGCCCCGUCUUUUUGUUGCGGCCAUCACCCACACCGCAGACCUCCAAUGUCCCUAGAUGGCACAACUAAUCCGAGCUUCUCAGAAACUAGGGGAAGAUCAGGUCCACGGUGGUGGUCGAACACGGAGUUUCUUUUAAAUGCUUUGAAAACAUGUCCUUAAAAUUUCAGUCCGCUUAUUAACGAGUGAGCCAUUGUGCUUAAAACUAGUGCUGGAAAAAAAGUUUUUAAAAAUUGCCAAAAAGUUAGAUGGAAAUGUACUAUAUAAAGCAAAGCUGUAUAUACUAAACAUUUUUUAGCAGAGUAAUAUUUAUUUGCAUAGCCUAUUUAUUGUAUUCGUAUUACACUGUUAUUAAAUACCGGGAUGAAAUCGAUGACCAGAAGCAAGGACUCUCGCCUUCUUACGUAUCAUUAAUUAGGACUGCUGUGGUGUCGUCAGCUUGUGUUACCAGUUAGAAGAUAGAAAACCCGCAAUCAGGGCGUCUACCUAACUUCUCAGGGACUACACUUCGUAGUUUUCCACCAUUAGAAGAGCUGGUAAAUAUGAAACAUUUGUGGAAUUACCAAAAUUGCCAUUAACAGUAUUUCCUUUCUCAUGUUUCAUGCUUUCUGCUUCUGUAUAUAUGACUGUGCUGUGUAUUUAUCAAAGCUAGUAAGCAAUAAUUUAUAUGUAAAAAUGGUCAAGCAAUAUAAGGUGAAAACUUAUAUAAGUCACUGUUACCUUAUCUUGUAUUUUCAAGUGUUUUUUUAAAAACUGCUUUUCCAAAUAUAAGAGUAUGUUCAAAGA